ACACAUGGUCUGAUGUCCGGCUUAGGCCACUGUGAGUGAUAUGACCAGAAGGAGACGAGUUUAUGACCACUUGGCCAGGCGUCCUCAAGCGCCUUCAGCGUUAAGACCUGCCGCUCAAAUGUGAUUUUAUGUAAAUGUGGUUGUUGAGACUGUUUGAUCAUCACAACAAUGUAAGAGGGGUCGUACUGUGUCAACACGGCUAAUAGGUGAGAGGUUACCCAACGUCAAAGAUCCUCGUUAUAAACUGACUUUAAACCAUUGCGACGCUUCAGAUCCUCUCAGUCUUCUGUGAAACAAGAUGUCCGACCUGCGCGCCACGUUCCACUGGGCAGACUAUUUGAUAUUUGUUCUGACUCUUCUACUGUCUGCGGCUAUUGGUGUGUUUUACGCAUGGAGAGACAGAAAAAAGACGGACACAACAGAGUCUCUUCUGGGAGGCAGAAGUAUGUCCAUCCUCCCGGUGACGCUGUCUCUCAUGGCGACGUUGUUGUCAGCGACGCUGGUACUCGGCAUCCCUACUGACAUCUACUACAACGGCACCAUGUACUGGCUCAUCUGCUUCUCCAGUUUCCUCGCUUUCCCCGUUAUAGCGCAUGCCAUACUCCCUGUAUUUCGAGGGAUUGAGGUCUUCAGUGCGUAUGAGUACCUGGAGUUGAGAUUCAGCAAGUCUGUCAGGGUGAUGGGCAGCAUCCUAUUCCAGAUACAGAUGUUGUUUAACAUGGCCAUCACGCUGUACGCACCUGCACUCGCCGUCAGUCAAGUGAUGGACGUCUCCACGGAGGUGUCCAUCGUUGUGGUUGGAGUUGUCUGCACCUUCUACACUGCCGUGGGUGGCCUGAAAGCCGUGAUGUGGACAGACACGUUCCAGAUGGUGGUCAUCUUCGCCGGCCUCCUCGCCAUAAUCAUCCGGGGCUCUAUCGAGGUUGGCGGCUGGGACAACAUCAUGGCGGCAGCGAGGGAGGCUGACAAGCUUCGUCUGGACAACUUCGACCCGAGUCCCUUCGUGCGCUACACGUUCUGGUCCCUGAUCGUCGGGGGCUUCUUCUCCUCCCUGACCAUCUACGGGUCCAGCCAGGCCAUGAUCCAGCGUUACCUCAGUAUGAAGUCUACAAAACGGGCCCAGAUAGCCCUGUAUCUGAACUUGCCAGCGGCGCUGAUCCUGACGUCCCUGAUGGUGUUCCUCGGCCUCGUGGUCCACGCCAAAUACUACGGCGACGACCCGGUCCUCACGUGCCGCGUGGAGAAGCCAGACCAGAUCAUCCCCCUGCUGGUGAUGGAUGUCCUGGGUGAGUUCCACGGUCUGCCCGGACUGUUCGUGGCCUGCAUCUUCAGUGCAGCUCUCAGUACCGUGUCCUCCGGUGUGAAUGCUCUGGCGGCAGUGUUCCUGUCAGACAUCUUGGAACCAGCUCACCUGGCUGUGUCGAGAAGCAGCCUCCCGGCCAAGACAGCAGCCAUACUUUCCAAGGUUCUAGCGCUGGUAUUCGGCGCAGCCAUCAUCGGCCUUGCCCUUCUAGCCGGCGUGCUAAACAGCCUGGUGCUGGAGAUCUCACUCAGUAUAUUGGGGAUAUUCGGCGGACCUCUUCUCGGCCUCUUUAUCCUCGGCAUGUUCCUUCCCUGUUCAAACUCCUGGGGGGCAGGUGCGGGCUUUCUCUCCAGCGUGGUCGUGUCCUGCUGGGUGGCUAUAGGCUCCACCCUACAGAUGAGCGCUAACGCCCCUCCACCACCUGUCUGCGCCAACGACACUGUGGCAGCGAACGUGACUACGUCUGUAACAACCAUUUUAACAUCCACGCCCAUGGCAGUGGAGGGAACAGUUGAAGGUCUAGAGUUAUUCUACAACCUGUCGUUCAUGUGGUACAGUGCGUUAGGGGUGAUGGUGAGUGUCGUCGUCGGCGUAGCUGUCAGCUGUGCUACAGGAGGGACCAGGAAGCGUCCGGUAGAAGCCCGUUAUCUAUCGCCUUGGUACGUCGCCCUCAGCCCUCUAUGUCAGGUGGCCGGGACCAAGGGAGACGACUCAGAGGAGGUGCGCGCUGAGGUUGUGGCGAAUGGACAAAAGAUGUCGGACCUGGCAAUAUCAGAUGGCCGUUUGUCUUAGUCGAGACAACAUUCCACCCAGAAGCUUAAACCGACGACGGGCAACGAGCCUAGAAGCAAGUCUUUCAUGAUAGGCGUAGCGGAACGGUCAAACUUUCAGCAGGAUCAGAAGAAACUUUAAGCUGCUGUGGCUUGUGAAGAAUAUACUGUCUUGUUACUGGCUACGAUGGGCAUACAUUUCAAAAUUGUGGUCCCAGUAGAAUAUAUUAUUUCGAACAUUAAUUGACAGGUGUAUAUAUAUAUGUGUGUUUUUACCCCCGGCCCAUACCCAUCCCACCCCACCCGGUAUGUAUGUCCGUCCGUCCGUCUGUCCAUGUGUCCGUGCGUAUUUGUUUCCGGAGCAUCACUUGAAAACCGUGAAGGAUUUUUUAUCCAGACUUGAUACAUGUAUUAACUAAAGGCUGAAGUGGUGCCUUUUGCUGCUGUUGCGUCAUGGGGUAUUUGUCAUCUUCUGAUGACUCUUGUUUUUUUUAUCAGGGGUGGGGUUAAUAACUGGACCCCUCUGGACCCCUCUGGACCCCGAUGACCAUCGGACAAGGGUUAAGGGAGAGCCGUUAUAAACACAUACACGUAUUCGGAAUGGAAAUGAAAUAAUGCUUGUCGUAUUAGAUCUUUAUUUUUGUACAUUUCACUUCUAAUAGAUGCAACUGUGUGGGACAAGGUGUCUCAGGGGCAGAUAUAGUCCUGUAGAUAUGCCUGUGGCCAAUUCUCAGUAUGAUUACUGCUACCAAUUGCCGUUGCAUCAGAUAAGGACGCUCAAGUGCUUUUAAUAACCAACUGAUUUUUAGACAUCCUUAGGACAGAUUUAUUUCUCUUUUGUAUUACGGAUUA